GCGUGGCACACAUUUGUAUCUUAAAAGAAAACUUCGAUGUGCGUUGCUGAAGUUGCAUUUUCGCAGUGCGUCCACUUCAAGUAGUAACUCUUUCAUGCGCGGAACAAUUCCUACCAUGCAUUUCCAACAGUCCAUGCCGCGCCUGCCCCUUCCGAAACUUGAACAUACAAUCGACCGAUUUUCAGAUGCUCUCCAGCCUUUGCUCAGUGAAGCUGAGUUCGAUGAGUUCAAUCAAGUUUUGAAGAGCUUUGAAAAGAAUGAUGGAAUAAGGCUUCACAAAAAAUUGACGGAUUUCGCUAAGGAGAAUUCUCACACAAGUUACAUUACAGAUUUCUGGUUUGAUAUGUAUUUAAAAGACAGGAGACAAAUUGUGUUCAAUCACACGCCUGUGGUUGUGACAGUUCCACCUCCUAAUGUAGAUUUUAGUAAUCCCUAUAUUCAGUCAACGCGAUGUGCUAAUACCAUCGUCUCAGCACUUCGCUUCAAAGAGGCGUUAGAGACUGGGACACUUUAUCCUGACAUUUAUCAUAUGAAAGGAGAAAACCUCAAUAGCAAAUUGUACGAUAACGUAUGCAGGCUUACGCCUCCAGCACUUUCUUACUACGCUUCAUAUUUCCAAAAGUCAUAUCCGUUAGACAUGAGCCAAUACAAGAAUCUCUUCUCAUCCACGAGAUUGCCAAAGGAAGGGAGAGAUGAAUUAGUGGUCAAUCCAAGCUCAAGAAAUGUAGUGUUUCUGAGAAAUGGGCAUUUGUACUCAGUGGAUGUGUUAUCUGAUGGUGGCCAAAUUAUAGACGCUUUGCAGUUGAUGCAGAACAUAGAGUACAUACUAGAAGACAGCAGCAAUCCUGCCUUUCCUCUAGGAGUUUUCACUACAGCUGAUCGUGACACUUGGUCGUCUGUGAGAAAGAUUUUAGUGGAUAUUGAAGGAAACGGAGAAGCCUUGAGACUAAUAGAUGGUGCAAUAUUUGUGGUGUCAUUAGAAGAUUUCACAGCUCACUCACAUUCCGCUGAGAGAGAAAUUGAACAAAGUGUGAAGAAACUGUUGGUGGGAGAUGGGAGGAACCGCUGGUAUGACAAGUGUCUCAAUAUGAUAUUCCUAAAAGACGGCACUUUUGCAGUGCAGUUCGAGCACUCGUGGGGAGACGGCAUCUCAGUCGUGAGGUUUCUCAAUGACGUCUGCAAAGACUCUUUCACCAAUGCACCUCUGCCAUAUGACAUGAAACAAGAAGAUUUGCUGCCGAUUAGCAGAACCCCAACUCAAGUUCAAAAGGAUGUGAAGCGUCUCAAGAUCACAACUGAUGGGCCUUGUAAAGAAGUAUGCAAACAGACUAUGUUAGAUUUUGACCAAAAGGCCGAAUCUCUGAAACUUUCCGUCUAUAGGGGGGAAAAUGGGUUCGGGAAGAACUUUGCGAAGAAAGCUAAAGUUAGUCCGGAUUCUCUAAUGCAGCUGUGUAUCCAGCUGGGGUAUUUCAAAAUCAGCGACGGUCGGACUGUUCCGACCUAUGAGUCUUGCACUACAGCUGCGUUCAAGCACGGCCGAACAGAAACAGUGCGGGCUUGUACUAGUGAGACGAAAAAGUUCACUCAUGCUUUCUUCAGUGGGAAAGCAUCUAAAAGCGAACUUCAACAACUGAUGAGAGAUUGCAGCGAGAAGCACACGGAGUUGACGAAGAGAGCGGCAACUGGACAAGGGUGUGACAGACAUCUCUAUGCGAUGAAGCAGUUAGCACUGGCUGAAAAUGCAGACACACUUCCCGAGUUGUUCAGGCAUGAAUUGUACGACAGAGUGCAUCAGUUCAUACUGAGCACGAGUACAGUCCCGUCCGAAUAUUGUCUGGCAGGUGCCUUCUGUCCAGUUGUUCCCAAUGGACUGGGAGUGGGCUAUGAGAUUAUGGAUGAUACUAUGGGGUUCUCAGUGACAUCUUAUGGAAAAGAAAGUUGCAGAGAUUUCACUGGUGCUAUGCCCGAGAUAACCGAGAAAUUGAAGGCUAUUUUGAGCUAAAUUGACAGUAGAUGGUUAAGUAAAUAGAAUAAAUUGGUACUAGAUGAUAUAGUAAUAUAAUAGAUUGAUGCAACUACUUACUUUUUAUAGUCGCUGAAUUUGAUGAUAAUUCAACCAUUGGUGAUAAUGUACCAUUGGUUUUACGAAUAAUGCGAAGUCGAAAAAUUUAUGAAAGGUCAAAAAAACUAAUAUAAACAUUUAGUUUUCGAAAUUCAAACAGUCAAACCUUUAUGACAAUACAGUUUUCCGCGCAAAAACUGGAUUCUAAAACAUGGAUCACUUUGGCCGUAGGCCAGUGAAGCCAUAUUUGAUUUCGCAUUUUUGCGGUUCAUUUUAUGUACUUAUGUUUGAGCUAGAAAGUUAUAAUU